AGAAGAGGGAGAGAGAGAGAAGGCAAGCGUUCCCCCAGCUGUUUCCUGUCUACAGUGUCUGUGUUUUGUAGAUAAAUGUGAGGAUUUUCUCUAAAUCCCUCUUCUGUUUGCUAAAUCUCACUGUCACUGCUAAAUUCAGAGCAGAUAGAGCCUGCGCAAUGGAAUAAAGUCCUCAAAAUUGAAAUGUGACAUUGCUCUCAACAUCUCCCAUCUCCCUGGAUUUCUUUUUGCCUCAUUUAUUCCUGCUAACCAAUUCAUUUCCAGACUUUGCACUUCAGAAGCAAUGGGAAAAAUCAGCAGUCUUCCAACCCAAUUAUUUAAGUGCUGCUUUUGUGAUUUCUUGAAGGUAAAGAUGCACAUCACGUCCUCCUCGCAUCUCUUCUACUUGGCCCUGUUCUUGCUCACCUUCACCAGCUCUGCCACGGCUGGACCCGAGACCCUCUGUGGGGCUGAGUUGGUGGACGCCCUUCAGUUCGUGUGCGGAGACAGGGGCUUUUAUUUCAACAAGCCCACGGGGUAUGGCUCGAGCAGUCGGAGGGCGCCUCAGACAGGAAUUGUGGAUGAAUGCUGCUUCCGGAGCUGUGAUCUGAGGAGGCUGGAGAUGUACUGCGCGCCUCUCAAGCCUGCCAAGUCAGCCCGCUCUGUACGUGCCCAGCGCCACACCGACAUGCCCAAGGCUCAGAAGGAAGUACAUUUGAAGAACACAAGUAGAGGGAGUGCAGGAAACAAGAACUACAGAAUGUAGGAAGACCUUCCUGAAGAGUGAAGAAUGACAUGCCACUGGCAGGAUCCUUUGCUCUGCACGAGUUACCUGUUAAACACCAGAAGACCUACCAAAAAAAUAAGUUUGAUAACAUUUCAAAAGAUGGGCAUUCCCCCCCAAUGAAAUACGCAAGUAAACAUUCCAACAAUGUCUUUAGGAGUGAUUGUUAAAAGCUUUGCACCUUGCAAAAAUGGUCCUGGAGUUGGUAGAUUGCUGUUGAUCCUUUAUCAAUAAUGUUCUAUAGAGAAAAUAUAUAUAUAGAUCUUAGUCCCUGCCUCUCAAGAGCCACAAAUGCAUGGGUGUUAUAUAGAUCCAGUUGCACUACAUUUGUCUCUGAAUCUUGGCUGCUAGAGACAUUCAUUCAGCAGCCUUAUCUAAGUGGUUUAUUAAUUUUUUUAUUUGCACUUCUUUCUACGCAACACAGGCUGUUUGUUUUACAGUGUCUGGUAAUCUUGUUCGUCUAUCCCCCUCCCCCCUUCAUCACCUUUUUAUUUGCCAAAUUUGGCCUCCUCAAUAGCAGCAGCAAGCAGCCAAAUAGCACACCAAUUUUUAACCCACAAGAUUCCAUCUGUGGCAUUUGUACCAAAUAUAAGUUGGAUGCAUUUAUUUUAGACACAAAGCUUUAUUAUUUCCACAUCUUGCUAAAAAAAUUGCAAGUAGUUGCAACUUUGAGGCCAAUCAUUUUAGGCAUAUGUUUUAAGCAUAGAAAGUCUCAAACUCUGAAUGGUUCCUUCAAAUGAUGAGUUAGUGUGCGACCUAAUCAGUACUUCUCUCUUUUUAUUUUUUCCAUAUAAAGCACUAUGUAAAUUUAGCAUGUCAAUAAUACAGGAUGUAUCAAACAGUAUGUAAAACUCUGUUUUUUAGUACAAUGGUGCUAUUUUGUAGUUUGUUAUAUGAAAGAGUCUGGCCAAAACGGUAAAAGGUGAAAGCAAAAUAAAAGAGGAAGCCUGGAGCCAAAGGUGACACAGAGGGGAAGGGUACUCAAAAUUUAACCAUUUGGGAAAGAAAAGUUCCCCAAUUAUGCCUUCCAAAAGAAAUAAGACACAAAGUCCACUGAUGCAAAUCUGAUUGGCGAGUCCAGAGAGGAGUAGAAGAAGCAGAAGGCUAGGAAUUUUAAGUCCUGGUUUCUUAUUCUCGCUGAAGAAACAAACAUCUGCCGACUCUGUCACGGACUCACCACUCUGUGACCUUGGGCAAGUCACUUCACCUCUCUGUGCCUCAGUUUCCUCAUCUGCAAAAUGGGGGCAAUAUGUCAUCUACCUACCUCACAGGGGUGGUAUGAGGAUUAAAAAGAUAAAGCUCCAGAUUUUUAUCCUGAGUUGCUAUGAGGGCGUCAAGAUCAGAGCCCUUGAGUUGCUGGGAUGCAAGGAAUUCUAUGAACAACUCAUUCACAGCAUAGCUAGAAAAUUGAUAAGCUGAAUGCUCCUGACAUGCCAGUUCUUGUCAGUGAAGCUAUCCAACUAACUAUCCAACUAACUACUUGUUAAAAGCUAACAGCUCAAUCUCUUUUAAAACACUUUUCAAAAUAACCUAGAAACAUUUGAUCUGCAAUUUGAUUUUGAAUUCUGCAUUUGGAUUUAUGAAUACAAAGUGAAAAGAGAGGAAAAGAAAAAAGGAGAGAAACAAAGAUUUCUACCAGCGAAAGGAUGAUUAUUCCAUUUGCUAGCACUUACUGACUCUGCCAGGAAGUUACUAAUAACCUAAUAAUACUUCUUUUAAUAUUAUAAAUGAUACUCUAUUCAUUUUGAAAAACAGUUCUUUCCGCUUUUCAAGUAAUCUAAA